AUGGCCGGCGUCGGCAAGACGGCUCUGAUGCAGCACGUCUGCGGCAUGGAGGCCGUGAAAUCGUCCUUCGAACUGACACACUGGAUUUGGGUAUCCCAGGAGUUUGACGUCGUCAGCGUGACCCGCAAGAUCGUCGAGGCGGUCACCAGAUCGCGCCCGGAGUGCGGCGAGCUGAGCACGCUUCAUGAGCUCAUAGUCGAGCACCUUGCGGGGAAGAGGUGCUUGAUCGUUCUCGACGACGUGUGGGAUGACAAUCCCAGCCACUGGAACAGCCUGACGGCCCCGCUGAGCCGCUGCGCUCCGGGGAGCGCGGUUGCCGUGACGAUGAGGAGCAACAAGGUUACCAGGAUGGUGAGCACCAAGGUGUAUCAUCUCAAAUGCUUGUCAGAUGAAGACUGCUGGCGUGUAUGCCAGCGACGGGCACUGCCGAAUAGUGAUGCCAACGUCGACCAAGAACUUGUAGAGAUCGGUGAGAAGAUCGCGAAGAAAUGUCAGGGCUUGCCAUUGGCGGCAGAGGCAGCUGGUAGUGCCCUGGGUGCUUCAACCAGCUGGAAGCACUGGGAUGAAGUCCUGAAUAACGACUUGUGGGCUGACAAUGAGGUGAAGAAUCUGGUACUAGAGGUGCUGAAGGUGAGCUACGACCACCUGUCCAUGCCGCUGAAGCGUAGCUUUGCGUUUUGUUCAUUGUUUCCUAAGGGCUUCGUCUUCGACAAAGAUCUGCUUUCACAUUAUGGCAUUUAUUCUUUUUCUUAUUUGUGA